UAUGAAAACGGAUGGGUAAAAAGUACCGAGAGAUAGUACUUACUUACUACUUAUUUAUAUUUUCGAAGUGGGUUCGUUAUACCAUCGUUUGCGUUUAAUUUUAUACUACCGUUUAGUGCACCGAAGGUUUAAUACUCCUUAAUUAAUCGAAAUGUGCUGAGACAAUCAAUACAAUUUAGAUAACGAAACGUUCGUGUUUUCCAUUCACUGAAAUAUUACAAUGGUGCAUGGUUUCGGCUUAUGAAUUAAGAUGAAGUUGGUUCUUUACGUUACCGUGGUGCAUUUAGUGUGUUCUUUUGGAAUAGGAAACGCUUUCGAGACAGCUUCGUUUUAUGGCAGUAGUUACAUUUCGAUACCUUUACAAGAUGCCAAAAGUACUACAGAAAUACAGCUCAGAUUUCGAACCAAACAACCGGAUGCGUUAUUGUUUUUAGCCGCCGGACGGACUGAUUAUUGUUUAAUUAAACUACAGGCUGGAAAAUUAAAGGUGCAUAUUAAUUUGGGCGCCGGUGAAUCAGAGUUGUCUUCUCCGAAAGGCUUACGACUCGAUGAUCUAAUUUGGCAUCAAGUUUUAUUGAAUCGAAGAGAAGGCGAAGUUAAUGUCACCAUUGAUAAAAUACACAGCAUCAAGGAGAAGCUUCCGGGUAGAUUUUUCGAGUUGAAUAUUUACGAUGGGUUAUUCCUCGGCGGAAAAGACGAUUCGUUGGAAUUAUUCCUCGGUCACGUUGACUCGUUACGAGGAUGUCUAUCUGCAGUGUUUUAUAAUGGUAUAGAUGCGCUGAAAAGAGCCAGGUAUAGAACGUUGCCUUCGGAUGCACAUGGAAUUACGUGGAGUUGUGCUUCUGAAUUCGAUGCAGCUUACAGUAGCGAAAUCAGUUUCAUGGAAGAAGGAGCUUUUGUAUCUUUACCGAAUCCUAUCAGUCGAACUGGUGUUAGGUGGCAGUUUGAAAUCAAAACAAUAUCGGAAAACGCCACACUGUUUUAUAAUUCCAAACUAGUUCUGGGAGGUCGAACUGAUUACGUCGGAUUGGAAAUUUCCACUCGUAAACUACGUUUAGUUAUGGAUACUGGAAGUGGUACUACAGAAGUGUUCAACGAAGCUAAUAUUUCUGAUGGAGAAUGGCAUCUAAUCACCCUGCAAAUAAAUCCGUCCUUACUCGAAAUUACUGUCGAUGGAAAAUUCAUCGGUUCCUCUCACAUCACUUCGAGAACAAGCAAUAAAUAUCUGGAUCUUUCUGAUAACGUUUAUGUUGGCGGAAUCGAGCUGAACAAAAGAGCAAAUGCGUUAGCUGUCGGAAUGAAAUCAGCUGAUAAAAGUUUCAAAGGAUGUUUGAGAAAUAUGGAAGCCGAUGGAAAGCUGUUAGGAUUUCCGAAUGCUAAAGUAACUCAAGGAGUGUUACCGAAUUGUAUGUGGUCAUUCCCUUGUACAAAAAAUCCCUGUAUUCUUGGAUCUUCUUGUUCGCAAUAUGGUGUUGACUCUUUUCACUGCGAAUGUGAUAAACCUCAGUGUGUUAAUCCUGAUUACACCGCUAAGUAUAAAAUAUCAUCCAAAACUUCACUGCCUGUUACAUUAGAAAUCCUAUCCUUAAACACAGUCCAUGUUAUGGAAGGAGAAAACGUGCUCAUUACAACGGACAAUAUUAAUGUUAUUUUACACUAUACUAAGUACGGUAUCCAAGAUUCAGGAGUAGCGUUUUACAUUAUGCAGUCUCCUAAACACGGAUCCAUCACGAUUGGAAGUAAUGAUAUCGGGUCUACGAAUAUGGAUACAAAUUCAGCCUUCUCGUUGUCGGACUUAUACAAAGACAAAGUGCAUUACAUUCACGAUGGCUCAGAAAAUUUCAACGAUUCAAUAGUAAUGGAAUUAGAAUUCACAGCUGGUCCUGGAUACAUUUUACCAGCAUAUCUACAGGGAAAAAAUUCUUUUGUAUUGCAUAUAGAUGUGGCUCAAACGAACGAUCCUCCAUUUCUAUUCAUACCCACAUCGAAAGUUUUGAAACUAGCCGAAGGUACUCGAAAAAUCAUUACGAAUGAUUUGCUGAAUGCUACAGAUAGCGAUAAUAACAGCACCGAAUUAUUUUACUCGGUAUUAAACCAACCUGGAACGAAUACCAUCGGAUAUAUCGAGAAAAGGAAUUAUCCUGGCGUUCCUAUAUACUCGUUCACUCAAGAAGAUGUUGAUUUGGGACAGAUUGUCUACGUUCAUAAUGCAAGUUCGACCGGAGAAGAUAAAGUUGCUUUGCAGGUUUCAGAUGGAGCUGUGUCCAGUUCGAGAUCCUUUUUGAAAGUGGUCACUUACGCAUUACAAAUCCAUUUAGUGAAUAAUACCGGAAUUACGUUGGCUCAGCGAUCAACUGCUUUUAUCACUCAUCAUAAUCUAUCGUUUCAAACAAACGCCAAUGAUCCUUUUCUCAAUAUCAAUUACGAGAUCGUUGAAUUCCCUAAAUACGGAGCAGUUCAGUGCCUGGUUCGAGCGAACAAUGAUAAAGAAGUAUGGCAACCUGUAACUUCUUUCACCGAUCAACAAAUUUCAAGAGGAGAGCUUCGUUAUGCUCAUACUGAAGAUACAUCUUCCUCGUACGAUGUAUUCAAGUUCAAAGUCUCUGUUAAAAAUCACGUGCUUCCAACGCCGUUCGAAUUCCGUGCCACAUUCGUUCAACUUCGACUCAACAUGGUGGUUAAUAAGCAUGUUGAAAGUACCGAAAGUCAGAUAGCUUUUGUGAAAGAAUCACAUCUGAAAGUGAUCACAGAACCGCUAUACGUGAAUAAUAGCGUCAUCGUGUACACAUUGAUAAGAUCACCUAAAGUUUCGGAUUUAGUGAUUGGAGAUCGUGUUCUUCAAAAACAUGACACAUGGACUCAGAAAGAUAUUUCUGAAAAUAGAUUAGCAUUCCGUUUGUAUCGUAAGACUUUUUCUGAAGUUGAAGAUAGUGUAACAUUUUCUGUAAAUGCGCCGCAGUGUCAACCAAUCGAGCAAUCUGCAUUGGUACUAAAGUAUUACCCAUCGAAAGAGCAGACCAAUGAGGUCCAAGUUACCCUCAGACCUGUUCAGGUUUCCGAAGGAGGUCAGCAACCUCUUUUAACAGAUCAUUUGAACAUAAUGAAAGAAAAUCUGACCUACUUCACGUUCCAAAUUUUGGAUGGACCGUAUCAUGGCUGGCUUGACAUGCACGACGUUGACCAUACGACGAUUGAAAAAAGAAAUCUCACCACAUUUAUCAAUACAGAUAUCAUGCAGCAAAGAGUCACUUACACACAUGACGAUUCGGAGUCAAUGACCGAUGCUAUUCAUUUCUUAGUUUACGGAGCUCGAGGAGAAAAUUUCCAAUAUGUGUUGAAAUUACACGUCGAAGUAUUACUGAAGAACGACAAUCCUCCGUAUUGCGUUAUAAAUAAAGGUUUGAAUGUGGUCAUAGAAGGAGCUAAAAUCCUCACCAAUAAAGAUUUACUCUACGGAGACCCUGAUAUCGAUACGAAACCUGAAAAUAUCCAAUUUACUAGAAGAGCCAUACCAAACGGUGCAUUUACUUUGGCUGAUCCGCCUUACAAUCCCUUAUUCGAGUUUACUCAAAAUGAUAUCAACAAUAGAAGAGUAAUGUUUCGUCAAAGUGGCCCGUUGAGUGGGAAUAUUUCUCUUUGGGUAUCGGAUGGUAAUCACUAUUCGGAGUUCACUUUCGAAAUCAUUGCUUCCAGUCCGUUUAUAAAAGUUAGCAACAAUAGCAAAUUAUUGAUGAGGCAAGGAAGCUACGCUGCCUUAUCCGAUGCUAAUUUAUUAUCAACUACGAAUAUCAACGUUCAACCGCAAAUGAUAAGGUAUAAAGUCAUCAGAGGUCCAUCUGUCGGCCAAUUAGAACAUCAAGGUAGAUCAAACUCUAUCGAAGUAUUCACUCAAGACGAUCUCGAUAAUCAACGUGUCCUGUAUCGACAUACUGGAGAUUUGAAAAGCGUCAAAGAUAAGUUCACAUUCCAAGUCAGUGUACAGGAUGUCUUGGCCGAAGAUGAUUUCCACAUUAAACUAUUUCCCAGCGCGUAUUGGGAGCCAAUUAUAUUGAUGAAUAAUAAAACUUUAUACGUUGACGAAGCAGAUGAUAUUACUAUAACCAGAAACGAUUUAUUGGUUCAACAAAAUCACGUCCCACCUCAAGAUAUAUCCUACUAUGUGAGAGAGAAACCAAAAUACGGAUAUUUGGAGAUAGACAUGAAUGGACGAUAUUUAGAAGUAGAUUUCGCUUAUUUAUUCCAUCCCAACAGUUCGGACGAAACUGCUAUCACUUUUUUCGAUCAAACUACCGUAAAUGCGGAAAAAUUACACUACAUACAAGUAAUAGUGAACCAGACCCACGAUCGCGUCGUAUUAGAUGCCACAAACGGUAUAAUGUGGUAUAGAAAUAUCAUUCUAAACUUCAUCAUAAUACCUCAACAACUCUACAUUAGCAGCGGCGAACUGACUGUAGAAGAAGGAGGCACUGCGAAAUUAUCGUCGGAUUUGUUUUUAGUUCAUUCGCCAUACUAUGCUGAAAAAAUAAUCGAAUUUGAGGUGAAAAAGUUUCCUCAACAUGGAUGGCUUCAGUACAUCGGAUCUUCAUCGAUCACCGGAAAUAUAUCAAAGUGGACCUCGUUCCAGUUACAAAAUCAACAAAUUCAAUUUAUGCACGAUGGAAGUGAAACAACGUACGAUAGUAUGCUACUAGUGGCUUAUGCAGGGGAAAAGGAAAGUGUCCCGUUUAAAGUUUUGAUAGCUGUUAAACCAGUCAAUGAUGAGGUUCCUGUAGUUGUUAAUAAUACAGGUGCUACUGUGUGGAGAGGUGGCAUCUGCAACAUCACCAAUUCUCAAUUAGCUAUUAUUGAUCGAGACACCAACAACUCAAACGUAACGUUUGUCAUCGUUUCUGCUCAAGCUGGAUAUUUGGCAUAUUUCUCAAAUUUAAAUAACACCAUCGAUAAAUUCACUCAGUUAGAUAUCAAUUCCGGUAAAGUGGUGUUUGUCCAUUCGGGCGAAGAAAAGAACGGAGAAUUCGACGUGGUCAUAAACGAUGGAAAACACAAAACUCAGCCAGUAACUUUCAUAAUCAAAAUCAUCCUACCGGAGUUACAUCUACAGAAAUCUGCACCAUUUCAAAUAUUCCCCAUGAUUAGAAAAACAAUCACUCCGGCGCAUUUAUUGGCUUGGUGCUCGGAUACGGAUAAAAAUAUUUUCUACGUGAUUAAAUCUCAGCCUAAAUUCGGCCAGCUGACAAUGGUGGAAGGCAUUUCUUCGGUAUUUAUUUCGAAUUUUACUCAAGCCGAUGUGAACGCUUCCAGAAUAUGGUAUCAGCAUACGUCGCAUAUUAUCGAUUCUACUCUGUCGAAUGAUUCGUUCGUUUUCGAUGUGAUUGCCAGUUACGCUAAAUCUAUUGAAAAUGAGGUAUUCAACAUCCAAAUAGCCGUUUCCUCCGGAGGCCUGGAUGGAAUGUUGGACAUCGAAACUCACGAAGUCGAAGAAGGCGGUACACUCAAAUUAUUCAUCAACACAACAAACAUCAUAAAUUUCCUAUCCAGCGACAAUAUCGGUCUACGGUCUCCAAUUUUGAAAGCAGUAGUGACCGAAUUUCCGCAAUACGGCGUGCUCUGUAUCGAAGACCAAUGUCCAGCGAAUGAAUUCACUAACGAAGAAAUGAACGCUGGUGAAAUUAUCUACAACCACGAUCAUUCGGAUUCAGGAUACGACAACGUAACUUUCACCAUUUACCUGGAACAGGAUAAUAUCACCUUGUGUAACGUUACCAUACCGAUAACCAUUUACCCUAUCAACGACCAGCCCUUCCACUUGUACCAAGAUGCGCCUAAUUUAUCGGUAGUUCAAGGAGAAAAAUUCAUCUUGACUCAAGAUCAAUUAUGGACCACUGAUAAAGACACUUUACCCGAAGAUCUCACCUACGAUAUAAUCAACGGACCCAGUAUAGGAAGUUUAUACGUGAACGGUGUCAGAGGAGCUGGUAAAUUCAGCCAGGCUGAUAUCAACGGUGGAAAAGUAAUGUACGAACAUUCGGGACCAGUUCAAGCGACAUCUUUUCACUUUCGAGUAUCCGAUGGUAAAUUCCCACCUAUGUAUAAAGUGUUCAAUAUCCACGUACAUGCUGCCAAACUCAGCAUCAGCGUCACCAAACCAGUCUUCAUACUGCAGACGUCAAACACAACGACUAUAUUGGCUUCGGUCUUUAACGUGUUGACUAAUCAUAAAGCCAACGAAGUGGUCUACGUGAUAACAACGUUGCCCAGAUUCGGAUACAUCUUGGUGAAUAACUCGAGAAACGUAACGUUCAGUCAGAAUGAUCUCAAGAUGAAGAAAGUAGUCUACAUUCAAACCGAUCUUACCGUUGCUGGAGAUGCAUUCGAGUUAGAAGCGACGUUGGCUGACUCGAAAGUGAAAAAUUUACGAAUCAAUAUCAGCGUCGAACCGUUACUGAAAAUAGGCCAAUUUACUCCUUUCGUCGGUGUCAAGAAUUGUAUCAAUAACGAUAUCCUGAACGCGGACGCUUUAUCCAAAGUCACUAAUUCCAAACCUUGGUUUACAAUACUGAAAAAACCCAAACACGGUAAAAUAAUGAAAAUAAUCAAACGAAGUAAAAGCACCACUGCCAAAGCGCUCAAAGAAAACCGUCUAUUCAAACAAGAGGAAAUCGAUUCGUUCACACAUGACGAAAUCAUCAGUAACUUGAUAUACUACGUGGUGAAAAAACAAAACACAUCGUCUUUCGAGGACGGUUUCGCCUUCCUUUUAUCAGCUGCGUCAGUCCAACCUGCUAUAGGCGAAUUGAAAUUCCACGUGGGGAUCGAAUCCACCAUGUCGAGGCCAGCCUCACCUCCUUCUAAGGAGAAAAGCUUCGCGCAAUCUAAACAGAAAACUUCACCUAAUCCUGUCCUGAAUGCCAGCGAAGUCGAUGUCGAAGUCGCUAGUCCUAAUUUAACCAAUGACGACUACUAUUUUGCCGGAUUACUGUUCAGUAUUCUGAUAGCAUCGCUUAUAUUCGUCAUACUGAUGAGAUGCAGAACAAAGAAACGAGCAGAAGAGGAUAUGAAAAUGAAUCCACCUUUACCGCUGCCUAGACCGCCGGAUGAUCUGUUACCGUCGUCUUCAUACCCCAAAGGAAACAUGUCGCUGCAUUCCACACCUCAAUGUAAAGUUAUUCCAUUAGGUACCGAUUCGGUUACUAGUUCGGAACACGAUUUCAAUCUCAGGUAUCCGUACGGUGCCGCAGAUGAAGACUGGAGUAGUUAUGAUACCAACGGGUAUACGAAUAGAAAUAAUCCUAUGUUGAGGAAAAAUCAAUACUGGGUGUAGUACAUCUUAUAGGUAGAAAUGAUGAAUUUUUUUUAUGUAUGGUUGUGUUAUAGGUAAUGGUUCAUGGUGUCAGGGUUAACUAUCUCGUUUUGUAUACUUUUUUUUUUUUUUUUUUAAUAGACAUUCAUGUACCUAUGAGAAAAAAAUCGUAGGUCAAUUGUAAUAUUUUUGCAUUCUCCUUAUUACUGGAAAUUGGCAGACAAACAGAUUGUAAACGUGUGCAUGUGCAUGUUCAGAUAUUAUCAGGGUAUCAGCUGAGGAAAAAAAAGAGUAAAAAGUUGGUUUCAUGUAUAGAAAUCUCGGUCUGUUGGGGCUCAAAAUUUUUUUAUUUUUGUAAUGCAAUAAUCUAUCAUUUCUGAAGUCGGUUUGGUCAAGUUUUUAUAUUUUACAAUUACAUUGUAAAAGUUUGAUCGAGGAGGAGGGUUGCUUUUUACAUACCCGAUAAAUUGUAAAUUUUCCAAGUUUAUGUACCUGCGUCUUACACUAAGUACCAGCUAACGUCCAACCCUGUGUGAAAGUUCCCCCAUACGUUGCCAAAAGUGUUAUCGACAGACUUUAUCCAGCAAACAAACUCUUCAAAAUAGAUCUUCGUUUCUAGAUUUGUUUUUCUGUUAUAAAUGUUUAUCAAAAUGCAUAGAAAACUUUUGGAGCUUUCAAAUUUGUUUCGUUUUAAAUUGUAUACUCGUAAAACUAUUCGAGGAAAGUUUUUCGGUAUUGAGUAAUCAAAUAGAUCUAAGAUGGCCUGGUUCAUUUUUUUUUUUGUUUAAUUGGAGACUGGCGAAUAUUACCUACCUAUCUAUCAAUCAAACCUCGACCUUUUUUAUUGAGCAUUUAUAAAGGUACAUACAAUUGGUACAUGGAUGGUGUGGAGGGGAAGGAGGGGGUGGUACUGACCCAUAUGAAAAAUUCAGACAGAAAACCCCGGAAUUUCGGACAAAGAAAGUUGAAACUUUGACUACUGUGGGUUUUUGAGAACGCAGAAUUCAUUUUUGAAGGCCAUUUCACCUCAAACCCGUAAACCCCAAAAUGGGUUCCAAAAGAGAAGUACAAAAUUUACUGUUAGAAAAAAUGAAGAAAUGAGCAUCACAUGUUGGGUUUUUAAGAGCGCAAAAUUCUUUUUUGGGAGACCAUUUGACCUCAAACCCAACUUAUAAGUUUCCAUUUAUUCACAAAUUUUUGAAAUUUUUCUUCAUUUUAAACACUUUCACUAAUAUUUUCCAAAAAUUGGACACUUUUACGGGUUUUUCACAAUUUACAACAAUUUUUCUUCAUAAAUUUCCAAUUUUUCUUUAGGAAUUUGAAAGUUACCAGAAAUUUUCUUCAUAAAUUUCCAGAAACUUUCCGUGGAAAGUUCCUCAUCAUUUCUAAAAAAACAAAAUACAAUAUGAGCAUCAAAAUUUGGGUUUAUUAGGGCGUAGAAUUCAUUUUUGAUCACCAUGGCAUGCAUUUGACCUCAAAAUCCAAGAUGAGCUCCAAAAGAAAAAAGAAAAAUUGAAAAUGUACAAAAAAGUACUCAUGGUAUUGAAGUGUGAAAUUUUGAGUACCUAUGCAAAAUAUUUUAGGAAAAGUGAAGACCAUUAAGCCUAAAACCCAGAAAUGACCUCUAAAUUGGGAAACAUUUUCUUGGAAUUUCUCAAAAGUACAAUAUGAAUUUCAGAAUCUACGUUUUUAGGGGUACAGAAUCCAUUUUUGUGACCAUUUAGCUUCAAAACGCAAAACGGACUUCAAACCAAAAAAAGGUGCAAAAUUGAAAAUUCUAAAAAAAAAAGAUCAUUUUUGAAAACCAUUUUAUACCAGUAAACUCAAAUUGUGCUCGAAGGAGGAGGUACAAAAAUUGAAAUCUUCAAAACAAUACAAUAUGAGUAUCAUUUUUGAAGACUUCUUGACCCCAAAUAAGGCUCCAAAAAAAUGUACAAAACCAAAAAUUUUCAUAAAAUACAAUAUUGGUAUCAAAUUACAGUACCUAAUAAAAAAAUAGAAGACUAGUUUUAAAAUGUCAUUAGUGGUGAUUGAAAACUACUUGUUCUUGAAAUAGUGUCAUCAUUUUUCGUUGAUUUUUGAAAUUCAUACCUUGCCCCUACCCUACUCUAGUGAGGUUACUUUUUUCCCCGGAUCUUACCUUAUUCGGAUAUUUCAAAUAUUUUCCAAUACAUAUUUUCACCAAAAAAAAACUCUUCAAUUUUGUUGUUUUUAAUCCCAAGUUGAAAGUUUUCUUUGCAUUUUUCGGGCUUUUUAAUGAAAAUUCUUUCAUUACCUAUACCUAAUUUCACAAUGAACUCAUUUUAUUAUGUACAAUGAGGUUUCUCUAAUUCCAAGUAUUUUGGAAAACCUAAUGAAGUGGGAGAUUUUGUGCGCCAAUGGGUACCACAAUACGAAUGGGUACACUGUGAGAUAGAAAUAAAUUUGCUCCGCAGAUAAAAGGUACCUAUCAUUGGGCAGUUCGUAAUAAAGCAGACGAGUUAUUAGUUAGUAUUCAGAUACACGUCCUAUUGAGAUUGCCGUUGCCUAAUACAGGCUGAAUGAUUUAUACGUAUGUGUAGAUAGGUCUAUAUAUUUUGUUAAAAUUUUCUAUUUUGUAACUAUUUUCUUUAUUUUUAUGUAACCUGCUUGUUUUCGUGAAUUAAUACAAGUUUUCGUUUUCUA